UUGCUGUUUUGGUUGUUCUUUUGAAAGCAAGUUCACAUCUUCAUCAGGCUGUUGUGGAAAUUAGCAUGUGAAAUCAUAUUAAAUUUCUUCCGGAAAAAUCAACAAUCGCAUUACAGAAAUGAGUGAUAAGGACGAGAAAAAGUCUCUCAAUUUCCAUCAAAUGGAGUUGGAUGACAGAAUAUUGAAGGGUAUCGCCAAGCUAGGCUGGCUUUGUCCGACUUUGAUCCAGGAGAAAGCCAUUCCACUACUUUUGGAGGGAAAGGACGUGUUGGUUCGUGCUCGCACGGGAUCCGGCAAAACAGCAGCCUUUUCAAUUCCGGUUAUUCAGAAGAUUUUGAACUACAAACAGGAUGCGAAGGAACAGCAAACGACGGUGGUUAUUCUGGCGCCCAGUAAGGACCUGUGCCAUCAGAUCGCGAAGGUCAUUGAAGACCUUACGAUUAAGUGUGGUCGGCUGGUCCGCUGUGUGGAUUUGUCGACAAAGGUGGAUAAGGUGGCACUGAAACACAUCCUUGCGGAACGUCCGGAUAUCGUAGUGUCCACUCCAGCAAAACUGGUGGCCCAACUUCAGGAGGGAAACAUUUCCGUGAAAGACAGUCUCCAGACUCUGGUGGUGGACGAAGCGGACUUGAUGUUCACCUUCGGCUUCGAGAACGAUUUAAAAACGGUUUUGGAUUACUUCCCGAGCGUGCACCAGUCGAUUCUGGCAUCGGCUACGCUCGAAAAGGACGUGAUGGAACUGAAGAAGAUCAUCCUCCACAAUCCGGUCAUUUUGAAGCUGGAGGAACCGGAAAUGGCGCCGGCAUCGCAGCUGGCUCACUAUCACAUUCUGGCGGAGGAGAUCGAGAAGGCAGCCGUUUUGUACACUCUGUUCAAACUGCAGCUGGUCAAAGGGAAGAGCAUUAUAUUCGUCAACUCCAUUGACCGGUGUUACAGGCUAAAGCUGUUCCUUGAGCAAUUCAGCAUAAGAUCGUGCAUCUUAAAUUCAGAGCUUCCGGCUAAGAUUCGGUGUCACACCGUGAACCAAUUCAAUCAGGGCCUAUACGACAUAAUCAUUGCAUCGGAUGAACUGCACGUCCUGGAUCCGUCCGUCAACGAGAAGAAAGGCCAAAAGAAGAAAAUGAUCAAGCAGAUCGCCAAACAGGUGGAAUCGGAAGCGGGUGUUUCCCGUGGUAUCGAUUUCCAGUUCGUAUCGAACGUGAUCAACUUCGACUUCCCGAAGGACGUUAACGCGUACAUACACCGCGCGGGAAGGACCGCCCGGGGAAACAACACCGGAAGUGUCCUGUCGUUGGUUUCCAUCGAAGAAAAGGAAGCCAUGGAGGCGGUCGAGGAUCAUCUGAGGCCGGGCUACGAGGAGGGCGAUCAAGUUUUAAAGAGCUAUCACUUCAAAAUGGAGGAAGUCGAACCUUUCCGGUACAGAGCUCGAGAUGCUUGGCGAGCGGUGACAAAGUUUUCCAUUCGGGAAGCCAGGAUCAAGGAAAUCAAAACGGAAAUGUUCAAUUCGGAGAAAUUGAAGAGCUUUUUCGAGGAAAAUCCCCGUGAUCUACAAGCCCUUAGACAUGACCGCACUUUGCACACAGUUAAGGUCCAGGAACAUCUUGGUGACGUACCGGAGUACAUCGUUCCGGACUCGUUGAAGCACGUGACGGGAAUCGCCACCAGGCGGAAAAAGGCUUAUGUGCCGAAGAAGCGAAAAUCCGACCGCAAAGCGGACAAUCCACUCAUGGUGGAGGGAAUCGAUUACGGAAAGCAACGUCGUGUGUAAUAAACAAAAUAGGUUUUGAUGUUA